AUGACUAAUGUUCUGGGACGUUUAAAGCGUCUUUCUGGACAGGUUAACGACAACUACUUCACCACCAGAACUAUUUUGACCGAUGAAUUUGCAUCCAGUUGGAAUAGCAAAAGGGAGGAAUUGAUUGAUAAUUACAAAAAAUUGGAUAACGAUUCUGAGAGGAAAGAAUGGCUGCGAUCUUUUUUCAUGGAUGUUAUUAGAUUGUUGAAACUGUCUGAAGAUAACAAUUCUCUACAAAUUGAUACUUUAUCUGAACUCAUCAAACUGGUAUAUAAUGCCACUCCGUCUUUUAAGCAAACUAUAGGUGAAGUGUUUGCUGCAGUGGUAAAUACAUAUUGUCCGAAGUCGGUAAUUGACAAAGUUUUGAGGUUGAUUACUUUAACGCCAAUUCUUCGCACUGAAGUAUAUAAAUACAGCUGGUUGUCGACAAAGUUAAUGACCAACGACCAAAAGAUACUAACAAAACACCUACUAAAAAAAAAUAGGUAUGAAAUCAAAAAAUAUAACUUGAUAUAUGAAAAUCCAAUUGGUUUUACGCAAAUAACAUCGCUAUUAAAUGUACUGGUCCUAGAUCCUUAUGCACAUCAAAAAAUUCCAUACUUCGUUUCACAGCUAUAUCAGAUAAUGGGAAAAUACUCAUUGGACCCAUUGAGAACCCUAGAUGUAAUGAUAACGUUUUUUGCAGAGCAUGUAACUCUUCAUUAUAAACUAAUACUCGAUUUUCUGAAAUGUACAAACUACUGGCCAAGGGAUACUCAACUUGCCAAUCCUGAUAACAUCAUGAGUUUAAACCACGGUGGUAACAAAACAGCUGCCAAAUUGAUUACUGUAAGGUUGAAUUCUUUCUUUCAAUCGGCGGUUGAAGGAAAAUCUAUUUCUUCGUUCGAGGACAAUUAUCUUAACCUCAGUUGCUUACUCAUAAAAGAAGGAUUUGUAAAUUUUUCAAAUAUAUGGAGUAAUUUAAGUCCAUUAAGUGAAGAGUUCAAGAGCACCUUAGAUGAUUAUAUGAAAAAACUUGAGUUGGAGUCUACAAAAGGGUUAGAUAAUCCGUUAGCUAUGGCUUCUGCUUUGACCAACGAGGAUGACGAGGCUGAUAACAAAGAAUUAGACAACAAAGAUUCUGAUACAACUAUGACAGGUACAGAAGAAGAAGAUAAGGAACUUGAGGAAGCACAGAAACGAAAUUUUGAAGCGGCUGUAUUGAAUCACGGCAAACUCAAGCUUCUUAUAAAACUUUUAGCUCAUGGAACUUAUGCACCAACUUUAUGGGCCAUUAGUGAGUUUCCAGAAAUUUCUCAUUUAGAUACAGAUAUUCCAAUCUUGUUUUCAAAGCUAUUCGAAAUACAAAUAGAGAACCUCUAUGAGAGCAUGUCGUUCAGGUGGCGUAAUACUCCUGCCAUAAUCUCAGGACUAAAAAAGCUGGAAAAUGGCCUCUUGUCUUCUAAGCCAAGAUUAUAUGAAACAAUAUACUCAGAUGAUACCAACGAGUGUGUAGAGCUGAAUACUAAGAGAAAAUUCUACUAUCAAGAUUGGUCAUCUGGCUUACCAAGAAUAGCUGACAUCAAUGAAUUGGUAGAUGUGUGUCACCAGUAUUUCAAGUACUUUGAUGUCUCAUUAGGAUGCAAUAGCAGCUUAAUAAUAAAGCUUUGUCGGAUUGUAUCUGCAAAGUUAAGAGGAACCGAAGUUGAUGGGACUGAUCAAUCUCAGACACUCGAAUUAGCUAUAAAUUAUACCCGUAAAUUUCUUUUGCCUAUUGUAGGUGUGAUGAGCGAAAAUUCCACUCUUGGGAGUGAGAUAUUUAAUCUUUUGAAGGAAUUUCCAUUGGAAAAAAGGUACUUCAUGUACAAUGAAAUGUUAACUAAGACAUCGCAGGAUAAUCUUCUCGUAAAGAUCGGAUUUAAUAAAGCUGAAAGGGAAGCUAAGUCAAUUCUGAAAUCUUUGAGUACAGAUAAUAUUGAAACUGGUUCCAGGAAAUUUGCAAGACUUUUAUCAUCAAAUCCACUUGCAACUUUGCUCCCCACGAUAAAGCAAAUUGAAAACUACGACAAAGUUAGUGAAUUGAUAAUCUUUACAACAAAGUUCUUAAAUCAAUUUGGAUACGAUGUUCUUCAAUAUAUUCUACUUCUUCGUUUAACAUAUUCUAGGCCCAUUAUGCAAGAUGAUGGUAUAAAUCAGUCUAUGUGGGUUCAGAGAUUGGCAGUAUUUAUUGCUGGGUUAGUCAAAAGUUGUCCUCAAAUGGAUAUCUCGGAGCUUAUCACUUAUAUAAUCAAACAAUUGCAUGUUGGAAGUUCUAUUGCAAUCACAAUUAUGAAAGAGUUAAUUUCGACUGUUGCAGGUAUACGUGAUUUGAAUCAUGUUAGCAGAGAACGUCUAAUCUUGAUCAACUCAAGUAGACCUCUUCAAAAAUAUGGUCAUAAGCUUAUAUUUGAUGUUAGAAAUGAAAAUAAAUCAUUGGGUAUGAAACUUAUGACUUUAUUCCAAAAUCAAGAUGCUGUUUCUGAAAUUAUUGUUUUGCUAUACAAUCUCAAUUUGAAUAUUAAUCAACAAGAUCUGCAUUACAAAAUUCUCUCCUCCAAAUGCGAUGAGAUGAAUACGUUAUUAUGGUCUUACAUAGAGCUUGUAAAAUACAGUAAUACUCAUGACAACUUUCCAAAAUAUGUUUACCCUUUCGAAAGACUGAUUAAUGAGUUUCACAUUUCCACACCAUGGGCAUUCCAUAUCUGGAGAGAUUAUUUUAAGGAAGAGGAUGAAAUAUCUGGGGAUCUAUCAAAUUUUAGUAGCUAUGAAAAAAUAGAUUUCCCAGAACUUUCAGCAUCGAACUUUGACAGAAGCUUCUUUCUGACAUUUUGGAGACUAUCUCUUUUACAUGUUCAAUUUGAUAAGAAUCUUUAUAAUACCAGAAAAAAGGAAAUUGAAAGUGAAAUAGUUCCAGGAUUGACUAACAGACAAAAAAAUCAAAAAGUAGGUGAGAAGAAGGAAAUAAUGUCAAGUUGUAUUACUCAUGAACAUAUCUUUAUCAAAACCAAAAAAUAUUUAUGUGAAAAUUCAUCUAGCUGGGGUAAUAGCUUGGACUUAGAUAACCAGCACAUUUUCAUUAAAUUCUGUAUUGUGCCUAGAAUUUUAUUUUCUCCUUCGGAUGCCUUAUUCACCUCAAGAUUUUUGAUAGAAACUUUUGGUAAUGAAUUAUUAUUUUCCCUCAUGGACACCUUUAUCAAAUCAAGAAUGAUGCAUGCUUUGAUAUUUUGUUCUACUAUUUCGGAGGCUGCUAACUUAGGUAUAUUUUUUGCUGAUUUGUUUGAAUAUUUGGAAAAAGCCAGAAUAUCUGGGAAAUUGACAGACGAUCUAACAGCUACCCUUUAUAAUUGGCAUGACGUUCUUGUAGAAGAAUCAAUUAUACUGUUGAAAGAAAGAAACUAUAUGUCUAUUCGUAAUGGAAUUGAAUUUCUUCGUAACGUUUCUGAUAUAUUCCCUGUUGUUGACAUUCAUAUCAAGUUAUGCUGUCAGGCAUUAAGAGACAUAUUAGAAGCUGAAACUAGAGAGGACAUCAAACUUCCUACAAAUGCUCUUUUAGGUCACUUAAACUCCAAAUUAAAAUCGUCGAUUAGAAAGAGUGAAUAUUGUCAAUUAACAGAAGAUGAAAAGCUUCUGGAAGAGAAAUAUAAUGAGGAGCUGAAUGAAAUUAAGGAUUAUGAAACUAGCCUAGAAAAUGAGAAAAAACAAGCUGAAUUGAGGGCAAAAAUAGAAGAAAAUAAACAAAAGAGAUUGGAGGCUGAGAAGCAGAAAGCAGAGUUGCAAAAACAACAGCAGGUUGAAUCUUCCAGAGAAACAAGAGUGUCAGAAGCAAAACUAAAACAAAAAGGUCAAUCCCACACUUGGAGAUUAACCAAACUGUUUAGAGUUAUGGAUGAUGUUUGCUACUUCAUUUCAAGAAAUGAAUUGAACAGAGCUAUUAAUCUUGUUGAAGAUGAUUCUGAAGUGUGGAAUAUUAAGCAUGCUAUCAAGAAUAAAGGCUCUCUAGGAAGCUUUAGGAAUAACAUCUUUGAAAUUUUUGGACGCUAUUUCAAAUCGCUUAUUUUGUAUCCACAAAAUAGUGAUUUCCAGGUAAGAAUGGACGAAUUGAAGGCGGCAACCAAAUAUUUGGAUCGUAAAUCCAAUGAUGUUGAACCCGAGAAGAGCAGCAGAUACGGGGGCUCUGUAAAGGUUCCUCCUGGUGCAUCAGCAAAGUCAGAGGACCUGAGAGGACGCUCAACUACACCCAGUGGGCCAGCAUCAGAUAAGAACAAACAAAGUUCUAAUCAGUUCAGACAAGCACCUGGUAGAAAUACCUACAAUAAUGAUAGACAACAUAGUGGUCAUAGCUACAAAACUGGCAAGGAUGAUAAAGAAAAGACUCCCCAGCAACGGUCUCAACUUCAAUUCCCUGACCGUCCGACUCAAGGAAGAAAUGAUCAUCAGAUUGCUGGUCAGAAAAGAGGAUACCAAUCUCAACAAAAAGACAGUCAUGAUGACCAUGCUAGCAAACGGUUCAGAAAGGAGGACUCCUCACGCAUGUCUUACACAGACAGAAAUAAUCGCUCAUUUAAUCAGAAUUUGGCUUCAAGAUUCGGGGGUCCCACAAAUAAAAACAGCAAUGCCUCUAGUGAUCACAAGCCAACAGCAUUGCCUCAAGGCCCCAAGGGAUCAAGUGGCAGCAGAUACCAACGUUAA